AUGACCCAGGGCUUCUGGAGGAUCUACAAGGCCAAAGUGCUGCAGACACUGGGGGGGACGCGGGCGGACGGAGCGCUGCAGGAGGAGGGAGACCCCCCCGAGCUGAUGGAGACGGCCGAGACACCCAGGCUGAUGGAGGAGGGACCCAGCCCCGUGUCCCAGCUGGCGAGGAAGGUGCAGGGGGUGGGUGCCCGGGGCUGGCGGACACUUUCGUCCCUCUUCACCAGCGAGGAUGAGCACCAGCUGCUCAGCCCAGAGUCCUGCGCAGACCACCCGCUGGCCACCUCGCCGCCCGAGCCACCCCCCUCCGAGAAGGCACCCGGCUUUUGGGAUCUCUUUGCUACCAAGUGGCAGCAGGUGUCGGGGCCGGACAAGGCGGUGCCCCCCCCGGAACCGGGUGAGAGCCCCGGGGAGCCGCCGGGUGACGAUGGCAGCGACCUGCGGGAGCCAGAGGAAGGGGCCUUCCGCUGGGGCUUCUUGGCUGGCAAACUGGCCGAAAUCAGGAACAAGAAUGCCCCCAAGGGCAACUAG